AUGACAGUGAAUCCAUGGAAAUGGGAAUCGAUCGAACAAAAUGCAAAUAGAGAUAUUUCGAUUAUAGAAAAUGGAGAAAAUAGAGAAGGAGUCCCAAGUGGGUUAUCUAGUAGGGUUAUCGGCAAUUUUAUGCACAUUAUUGUGUUAAGCUAUAAUGAUUAUCUUGAGGAUAAACAAAUAUCUAUCAUUCCCUUUAAUUUUGCCCGAUUUAAAUUUGAAAGUCCCGUUGUAACAUCUACUAAUUUGACAAAAACCCGAUUUCGUGCGGCCGGAGUCCAGCCUUCUGGAUCAGACGUAAUAUAUGGUGGUAUUAUUUAUCAAAAUUCAAGUGCACCCGAAACCGGUACUACAUUAGACACGAUGUUAGUAUAUAAUAUGACACUUCGUUCGUGGACAGACACUGUGAAUCUUGUAACAGAUGCUUCAGCCUACAAUUUCGACUUUUCUAAUACAAUCAAUACUUCAAGCCUUCCAGCUUUUCACUGGCCAAUAAUGGCAAUUAAGAUUAAAGGAACUUCAAUCACUCAAGUUUAUGGGAGUAUAGGUUUAAAUGAGUGA